UGUUAUAAAAUUAACAUAUAAAAUUCUGUCUCAAUCAAAUUUUCCAAAAAUCCGUUUGUGACAACUUUCUACUUGAUCACACUUUUCCAAUGUAUUUAUCUGUUCGCGUAUUACUGCUAUAAAUUUACUUUCAGUGACUGACAUAAAACUAUCAUCAUGCUAAUGCUAAUAAUGCUUCUAAUGGUGAAAUAAUUUGAAGUGAUUCAUUUGAAGCAAUUGAUUGACAGGACGCGUUGUUAUCUCUUUCGGACUUACAAUCUUUGAAUGUAAAUGAUUACGUGUGCUAAUUGAUAAUUAUCGCAGACAGGUGCAAAUUCCACGUCCCUCAUUAGCGGAAAUUGGAACUCAUGCUUGCCAGACCUAAUUAAUUCAACAAAGGAUCAAUCGAUUCGUGUCAUUUGGAUAUGGAGUUCCAACCUCGUCCUUUCGAUGUGGAAACCGUAUUUGUAAAGGCGAAAAAAAACCAGAUAAAGAAGCUACGCGGUCCAGACUCGCCUCUUUACAUGUCUGUCUGGCCGAUGGUCUACAUCGUGCGAGUCUUCGGUCUCGCUCCUUACGAUUUCUCGCAGGAUCGUCUGGUGCCGUCGAACGUCUACCUGGGGUUUACGGUGACCGUCACCAUACUCUUCACUUAUAUAUUUUACGUAGUGGCCAAUAAAUCUUUAUAUCUCAAGAGAGAUGAAGGCCCGGUUCUUGGAGGAACGGAAAACACGAAGAUCUUCAUCAACUACAGUGUGGCGAUAUACGAAUUGGGCUUGGUGGCAUUCACGAGACGCAGGUUCACCAAAACGUGGAACGCGCUGCAAGAUUACGACGAAGAUGUCAGGCAGCUCGGUUAUCCCCGCAAAGAGACGCAAACAAAGGUCGUCGCGUGGAUUAUCACUAUUGUUAUGACGAUCAUCUGGAUCAUCGUUAACCGCAUCGGGAUGUACGCCUUUCUUGAGGCUUGGACUUCCAACGUGCAAUACUUGCUCCUUUACAUCGGGACCUCGGUAGCCGUCUACAAAUUUGUGGCGAUGACUUUCUUUCUAGGUCAACGAUUUCAUCAUCUCAACACGAUGGCAUUGAAAAAUCUGCCGUCUACCUCGGCAAAUAAAAUCAAUAUGAGCACUAUUAGCCAAACGACGAUCUUAAGUCUGCACGACGAUCUGAUGAUCGCCGCAGAGAACUUGGAAUCGAUAUACUCAUGGUCGCUUCUCUUCUGGCUCGCCAAUCUUUGCCUGCACACUGUCAGCAACGUUUACUUUAUAAUAGUGUGGAUGAUCAUGAGACCGAACGAAACACAGAUUGCGCUUGUAUGGUGUUUGAGCGCUUGGGUGUUAGCGUAUCUCUCUCAGCUACUGUUACUUCACAUUGCCUGCCACUACACUUCCUCUCAAGCUAAUUGUUUAAGCCCGAUUCUUAUUGAAUGGCAAGUGAGACUGAUGAAAAAAAAUAAAGAAUCUGUGGAAUCGGCGUUGCAAUUUCUAAAUCGAAGGCUCAACUUUUCCGCUGGCGGAUGCUUUUACGUGAAUUUACCAUUAUUACGUUCUAUCGCCGCUACGUUGACUACGUAUCUGGUUAUACUACUGCAAAUUCAAUCAUGAGACUUAACAAAAAGGAGGAAAAUCGUACGAUCGCAAUAUUUCGUGACUAUAAAUUUCAGAGAUGUAUUCUCUGUAUUAAGUCGAUAUACGCGAAAUGCUAGUUUUGCAUUAAUAA